GUUGUCGUGGUUGCGCGCUUUUAUGUUUUGAAAGUUCGGUUUUUGCCAUUGCACACACCACAGGGAUUUGAAAGCUAGGGAAUAAGGUUCUCCAUAUUUUUUUUGGAAUCCAAACAAAAACAAAGCUAGCCUAGGCUCCCCUCAAUUGGUGGCGGCGGUCACGACGACGACGACGGUGGUGACGACGACCUCGCAACCCAAAAUUUUCCCUGUUUCCCUUUCGACUGAUAAGUAUUGUUGUGCCGAGGCGAAACGAAACGGUUCUUGAAGAGAGCGCAGUAGUUGUCGAUGCAAGCCGCAAUACCCAAAACAAUUUUUUUUUUCGCUUAGCGGUCCUCGAAAACAGAAGAGUUUACGUGCGUGCCGUGACACGACGGAAUCUCGGUCUUUUCGGAACGCCACCGAUCAAAACGAAGCGCGUCCUGAUCAAACAUACUGAUAGAGUCGCUAACUCCUCAAUAGCCCAAAAAAUGGUAUUUGAUUAGUGACAAGUGUAGUGACAGCAUUAAUAAUCGUUCAGAGUGAAUAGGCGAAGAUCCGCCCGUGAAGAUAUUGGGCGGAGAAGCGGGCGAAGAUUCUCGUUCGUUGAUAAUUUGUUUUGCUUUGGCUGUCUGGUUGGAAGAAGAUUAUUUUGGAGCCCACAACAGUACCCCAGCGCACCCAUAGCAGUAGUGCGUGUGUCAGCUUUCUGGACAGGGGGCGCGUGUUUGUGUGCACGCCUCUGUGCUGGUGUCGGCUACCGGGCUGUGGAAUUGCUGCAUCGCCUCUACAGAGAGCUUCCUGGACCCAACCGAGUUGGUACCCGCACGGAUUGCGAUAUCGCAUCUCAUGUCAACAUGUCCACCGUUCGCUCCACGCGAGGUGACCACAAUCGGCUCAUAAACGGUCAAAUCAAACCGUCACCUGGUGCUGGUGCGUGUACGAUACUAUCAAUGCUGACGACUAAUUGCGCCGGUUCCCAUUAGUCGCUUUGGACCGAACGAAUCCGCGUGUUUAAAAUCGAUAUCGUGGAUUGGACGAGUUCUGAACUGAGCUGAGUUCUAAACAUAUGGGAGUUCUAUGUGAAUUGUCUCACAUGGGAGAAUACUGAAUCCUAGCUAUGGAGCGCAGUCGAACUAUUUCCGAAGACUGAUGCAAUAACAAAGUGAAUUGAGUGGGGGAGGAAAAUUAAUAGAUUUUUCGUAGUGCGUAGUGAACUAAUAAUUGAGAGGGAAGUGUUGGGCAAACAUUAGGCACAAGUGAGAUCAAGAUGGAUAUGACUUCGGCAGCGGAAGCACGAAGCUGGUAUGACAAUCAGCGACUCGGUGGGUCUCCGGGAACGUCAGUGGCAGCCCUAGGGCAUCAAUCCGCUGCGGCCGCUGUCGAUCCCACAGAGAUGAACCCGUUCUAUCCCCUUGAGAAUGGUUCUCAUCGGCGGUAUUAUCCCAGCAGCUAUGGACCCCACGCAUCUCGGAUGGGCUCGUCGCACGUGGCGCCCCAGGUAUGCAGGCCACACUUCCACGGUCCACUGUCCUGGCUGAGCGAUCCCGCGAAACCGAUGGCGUCCAGCAGUGCAUGGGGAAGCCCGUUCGCAUGUCCCCAAGACCCUCAGGACAAGCUCAGUCAUGCGACCGGAAUGGUGGGCCAGGGAGCCGGCCAGAGCAGCAGUAGUCAGCAUCUGUUCUCCUUCCCGCCGACUCCACCGAAGGAUUCUACGCCUGAUUCAGUACAAACAGCACCCGCCGAGUAUCAAGCCACGAUCAAUGCCUUCAUGCACCAGGCUCAGGUCACAUCCAGUAGUAUCGCCCAGCAGGCAGCCGCUGCGGCUGUUCAUGACAGCUGUGCGCUAGAUGUGAAGCCCUGUUUGACGGGGAGCUCGCUAGGGCUGGGACUGGGCGGAGGAAUUGGAAGUUGUGGCGGCGGCAGCAGUAGUAGUAACGGAGGACUAGGUGGUGGUGGAGGAGGAGGUGGUGGGGGAGGAAGUUCCGGUGGAGGUAGCAGUGGACAAAACCAGCCAAAGCAACGGGAAGGUACGACCCUGAAUGCUACCAGUGCUAGUGGUGGUAGUAGUAACCAAACUCAUAGUGGUUCCAAUAGUGCUCUGUUCGAUACCUCCGGACAUGGAUUAUACGCCGGUGGAUACGAUACGGUCGGCUAUGGCUAUCAUCACCAGCAAAGUGGUUCGUUUCAACCAAACUCACGACCUUCGGUUAUGAAUAGUCCCCACAUGAAACCGCAGCGGGCGAAAGCGCGAACGAGUGCCGAGGGCCGGGAGUGCGUGAACUGUGGUGCAACGUCGACGCCCCUCUGGCGACGGGACGGUACCGGUCACUACCUGUGCAACGCCUGCGGACUCUACUACAAGAUGAACGGCCAAAAUCGGCCGCUGAUCAAACCCAAGCGAAGACUGGUUAGCUCACUACAAAGCGCCGCAAGGCGGGCGGGAACUUCGUGCGCUAACUGCAAAACUACAACCACGACACUCUGGCGGAGGAACCAAGGUGGCGAACCAGUUUGCAACGCCUGUGGCUUGUACUAUAAGCUGCACAAUGUAAAUCGACCGUUGACGAUGAAAAAGGAAGGCAUUCAAACGCGAAAUCGGAAGCUGUCAUCGAAGUCAAAAAAGAAGAAAGGAUUCACCGGGUCGUGUCUUCCUCUGGGUAAUCACCUGGGGGACCUGAUGAAACCGUUGGACCACAACAAGUCAUUCCCGGGAACUUUUCCCGGUUCGAUGGGCCAACACAGCCACCUGUCGGGAGGGUUGCAUCCGGCCCACACGCAUAUGCACGGCGGCUGGUACACCACCGGGAUGGGAGCUCUCGGGACGUCCGGCGGCCUGCAGGGUGGAUUCGGCGGUGCCGGGUCGCUUGGCGGUGGCGUUGUACCUCACACGCAGUCCUAUCACCUGGGUUUGAAUUCGAUGAGCUGGCGCUCGGAGUACACGUGAUGGAGUAGUAGCAACUUCAACACAAAUCUGUUCGAAUUUAGUACGUCUCCAAAGCUGCAGCAUCAGCACCAGCAACAGCUGCAGCAGCAACAUCCACAGCAUCACCACCAUCACCAUAGCGCACUGCUCGAUCAUCAGCAUCACUAUCAUCAUCACCAUCAUCACGUUUCUUCGCUGGGUAGCAGCGGUGACGGCAGCAGCAGCCAGGAUCUUGAGCUGCAGUGUCAGCAGCAACCAUUUCAAUCGUCCCAACUGCAUCAGCAUCCGCUGCAUCGAGUGGCAGGUCAAGUACAAAUCUAAAGUGGUACGUGGUGAAGCUCUUGACGCUUGUGGGCUGGUGCUCGAGGAGCGAGGCCAGGUGAAAGUCUAGCAACGCUUCCGUUUCCUCAUUGGAAGUGAAUUGAAUUACAUGAAAUUGAAGCUGGAAAUAUUUACACUCGAUGACUCUUCGUUGAUAAUUUAUUUUGUGUGAGCCUGUCGCAUCUGCAAACUUUUUCAGAAAAUAAAACGAGUAGUUUGGAUAUGUUCAACCAAUUUCAACGUUCACAACUUAAAUACAAGGUUUGUCAAUGAGGUGAUGAAACUGAUUUUCUGCAGACUGUUUUGCUACAGCAACAGCGUUUCGAGUUGCACGUGUCAAAGUUUGUGAUUGCGAAUUUAGUUUGAGAACUUUGGUGCGGCAAGUAGGUUUAAUCGACCCAGAGAUCAAAUGUCAAUGGCGAUGGCACUCACAUAUCGAAAUCGCGAAUCAGCUGCAAAGGAGACAUCCAGAGGUACUUCGGAGGAUGAUGGCUGCAUUCAAAACGAGUCUUCUUCAUAGGUAAUCACACUUUAGAUGACAACUGUUUUUCUAAAUAAACGUCUAAUUUAGACUUGUCGACAGAUAAUCGUAAUAUUAGAAAUAUUUUCAUGUUGUGAAAUUUAAUUAAUGAAAGCAUUCCAAUACAGGGUGAUUGAUUUGAAGUGUUAACAAUGUUGUGUCGAUUCUUCCGUCGCAUGGGGUCGUUUUUGACGAAAAUAGCUGACCCGGCAAACUUUGUCCCGCCCAAAAUGUAUUUUUCUUACUAAGCGAUCGUUCAUGGGUCUAAUCGCCGAACUGUUCAUUGAUUGAUCUUCUAAUUGACCAUUUACAAUUUUCUAUUAAGUUCGUACAUCCUUCAGCUAAAACUCGUCAUUAUAAUAUAACAUUAUUUUCAGAUACAGUUGUCGCUCGAUAUUCUUCAAUCACUUCCAAAUAACGUAUGUUUCUCCGUUACAUGAAAUACAUGUUUGAUACAGGAAACAUAAUAAAAGAAAGAUAGCUUAAAUCGGACGAUUCCUUUUACGAGUUUUGCGCUUACAUUUGGCGAUCUUUUUUUUUUCUUUAUGUAUACAGCCAUUCUAUGCCAAACCGAUAUAGCGGUUCUCAAAUUUUCGUCAAAAGUGGUAGUUUUGUUCUUUAUCGCAAAUUAUGAGACCCGUAUUUUUAAAUUUUUUUGUUAGGGUGACCAUUUCCAUUUAAGGGUGGUUCAAAAAAAACAUUUUUUCGCAGUUUUGCCAAAAAUGACUUUUUCCGAAAAUUUAUAACUUUUGAACUACUUGACCGAUUGAUUUUGAAAAAAUACAAUACCUGCAGAAAAUUUGAAUUCUGCUGUCGUUAUUAUUGAUUGUAUUCGUUUUUUAUUGUUUUCAUAACCUUGGGACCAAAGGCGUUAUAAUUUUCCAUAUUUUUUCUGGAAAGCUGAGGAUUUUUCACACAACAUAUCUCGAAACCAGGGAAGCGUUUUUUUCGUUUUUGGGUUAUAAUUUUAGUCGAUGUUAGUCGAUGGUCCAAAAAAAAUUUUUUUUCUCAUUUUUUCUACUACAAAAAAUCAUAACUUUUGAUCUAGAAACGUUUCGUGCCCCCUAAAAUUUUCACAUGCCAAAUUUGGCUCUAUUUGCUUGAUUAGUUUCUGAGUUAUGCAGAAAUUUGUGUUUCAUUUGUAUGACAGCCCACCCUUAGAGAGCGGGAGGAGUGUCUAACCACCAUAGAAACAUUUAUUGCAUCCUACAACCUCCACAUGCCAAACUUGGUUUCGUUUGCUUGAUUAGUUCUCGUGUAAUUCAGAAAUUUGUGUUUCAUUUGUAUGGCCGCCCCCCCUUUAGAGAGGGGGGGAGAGUCUAACCAUCAUAGAAACAUUUAUUGCACCCUAAAACCACCAUAUGCCGAAUUUGGUUUCAUUCGCUUGAUUAAUUCUCGAGUAAUGCAUAAAUUUGUGUUUCUUUUGUAUGGCAGUCACCUACCCCCCCUUUCACCCCCCCCCCUCCCCUCUUAGAGAAGAGGGAGGGGUAUCUAACCACCGUAAAAACAUGUAUUGCACCCUAAAACCUUCACAUGCAAAAUUUGGUUUCAUUUGCUUGAUUAAUUCUUGAGUAAUGCAGAAAUUUGCGUUUCAUUUGUAUGGCAGCCCCCCUUAGAGAGGGGGGUGGAGAGUCUAACCACCAUAGAAACAUUUUUUGCACCCUUAAACCUCAAUAGGCCUAAUUUGGUUUCAUUUGCUUGAAUAAUUCUCGAGUAAUGCAGAAAUUUGUGUUUAAUUUGUUUGGCAGCCCCCCCUUAGAGAGGGGGGAGCGGUCUCAAACUAUCACGAAAACUACCAUAGAAAAUACGUUUCCCCCCCCCCCCUAAAACCUCCGCUUUCCAAAUGUGGUUCGAUUUGAUUGAGUAGCUCUCGAGUUACGCAGAAAUUUGUGUUUGUCAUAUGUAUGGGGAAGGUAGAGAGGGGGGGAUCUCGAAUCAUCAUAGAAACCUUCCCCGGCCCCAAAAACCCAUCUAUACAAACAUUCCCAAGUCCAUAAGCAUCAGCCAAAAAGACAGACAGACAGAAAUCCAUUUUUAUAUGUAGGGUAACAAGGGGUGAUUUGGUCAUAUGGGGUGAUUUGGACCACUCCUUUAUCUCAAAAAUUACGGCUCAACUUGGAUUUUUUAUAAUGUCAUUUCCUUCUAUUGUUGAACCGUAUGUACCUCAAGUAAAAAACCUUUGGUAAAACUUCACAAGUAGAGGGAAACGGUUGCAUAAACACAGCAAGCACUUUGAUCGUCAAAAAAUGUGAGUUUUCCGAUAGUAGUUUUAAGGUUUUUCCCGUUUAUUAAACAAAAUUUUCAUGUAUUGUGCAGUACAGUUCUGUUCGCCUACAGAAGAGGAACAAUUUGAUGUAGCGAAACUGUAAGUUUGAUAAAAAUAAAUGAAAUUAAUAGCAUUUUAAUUUUUGCGUGUUGUGUGGGGUGACAUGAACACGUUUCUGCGGGGUGAAUUGGUCCUACAGGUUGGAGACUUUUCUUUGGUCUAAUUGAUUCCAGAUGCCGCUGAAUUACAAAAAGAGGAUGGACAGACAACGUUGGAAGAAGGAGGAGCUUGAAAGAGCAACGCAGGCCAUCAAGAACGGAUUUUUUUUUGACCAAGCAUCGACAGUGUUUGAAAAUGCUCGAACACAGUGAAAAGAUCCAUGCAGAAUUCGAGAUGGUGUCAAUCCUUUUCUGUUCUGGAAUCUGGCCAAGACACCUGGUGUCGAUCUCAAAACAUUGUUCUGAUUGUAACAUUAUCCGGUCCAAAUCACCCCGCAUCAAAUUUUAAUGUUCAAAAAACAUCUCUUUUAUUUUAUGAUAUAUUUGGCAGAUUUAAGCUUUAUAUAAUGAUUAAACAUUAUGUAUCGAAAGAAAACAAGUGUAGCUCAGUAUACAAUGUGACAUUUUUUAUUUGGACCGUAUUGGUUUGGAAUUAAACAGCCGAAAGACGUCAGGAGGAGGCGUUGCUAUCGCAGUUCGCCGAAACUGGAAGGCGCUGAUGCUCGACAACAAUAACUGGACUGGUGUGGAACAAGUCUGGAUUUCCCUGGCAUUAUGUGACCGUGAGCUGUACCUUUAUGCCGUCUUCAUUCCUCCGGACCGUAUUCGAGACACAGCCCUGAUUGAAGAGCAUUCCCAUGCAGUAUCCUCAGUACUAUCGAGCAUUUCCACUUGCGACGAAAUUGUUAUCCUCGGCGAUUUAAAUCUACCUGGAAUCAAAUGGCGUCCACUUGGCGAUGGUUUUCUGUACGCUGAUCCAUCGCUAACGACCCAUCCCGCCAUCAUCUCUAAUUUGCUUGAUACGUAUAGCGCAGCCACACUUCGUCAAAUUAAUAACAUCGAAAAUGAGAACGGUCGCAUGUUGGACCUCUGUUUCGUUUCACAACAUGAUCAUGCCCCAGUCAUAUCCGGGGCUCCCGCGCCACUUGUGAAACACGUCCUUCAUCAUCCUCCUGCUGCUGCUGUUUAUCCCUCAUCAUCCUCCUCUGUUGCUAUCCCUUAACACGAAGACACUCACUACUUUCGAAUCAACUACUGUUCCCGUCAACUAUAAUUUCUUCAAAGCUGACAUCGUAAGCAUGUGUGCAGUAUUAUCGAGUGUUGAUUGGAAUACUGUUCUUGACAAGGAUGAUAUUGACCUCACAGUGCAGACAUAUUCACAUAUUCUCGGUUAUGUGAUCGACAGGUAUGUUCCGAAACAGUAUUCUCCCGAUAAUCGAGUUCCGUGGAUGACAAAUGAGCUUAGAAAAAUGAAGACCUUAAAGAAGGAAGCACUCAGUCAGUAUACCAGGGCUAGAACACGUCGCUCGGCGAAUCACGUUGUGUUAUCGCUUAGAGAACACUACCGUAGACUGAACCAAAUUUAUAAGUUAAAAAGAAGACGCAGCUUUAUCAAACAUCAGACUCGCAUCCAGCAAAAGCUGAAAUCAAACCCGAAAGCCUUCUGGAAAUAUGUCAACGAUCAACGAAAGGAAAGCGACAUGCCCUCAUCAAUGUUCUACAAAGAUGAAGUUGCGACUGAUACUGAAGAGAUUCGACGACUUUUCGCACUUUCGCAAAUUCUCGGGAAUGUUUGAUAAUGCCACGCUAUCACCCGAAGAAGUAUCGACAGCCGCCAGAAAUGUUCCGGUUAAUGAGAUUUUGUUGAGCCGAAUUCUCGUAAACGAUGAGUCUAUCCUCAAGUCUGUGGCCAAAUUGAAUUCAUCAAUGUCAGCGGGCCCCGAUGGGAUACCCUCAUUCAUACUAAAGAAGUGUGCCCAACCGCUGCUCGCCCCGCUCCGCCACUUGUUUGGCCUUUCGUUGUCUAGUGGAAAAUUCCCGAUCCUUUGAAAAACUGCGUAUAUGUUCCCGGUACACAAGAAAGGAGACAAAUAGAAUAUUGACAACUACAAGGGAAUUUCCAGCCUAUGCUCCACGUCAAAAAUGUUUGAACUCGUAGUCCUGCCGUCUAUGUUGUUCCAUUUUAAGGAACUAAUCAGCAACGAUCAGCAUGGAUGCAUGCCCGGACGCUCAACAACAACGAACCUGCUUGUCUUCACAUCACAUGUCAUCGAUGGCUUCUCGGAGGGAUGCCAGACUGACGCCAUCUAUACCGACUUGACAGCUGGCAUCGACAAGCUGAACCACGCAAUCGCAGUGGCCAAGCUGGAACGCAUGGGAGUCUGCGGUAGUCUGCUGCAAUGGUUCCAAUCUUACCUGACUGGCAGAACAAACUGCGUGAAGAUUGGUGAUCGUCUAUCCUCAUGUAUUGCAUCGUUUUCCGGAAUACCACAGGGCAGCCAUCUCGGUCCACUUGUUUUUUUAUGUCACUUCAACGAUUGCAAUAAUCUACUAGAGAGUCCCCGAUUACUUUACGCUGAUGACAUGAAAAUCUUCUGCCACAUCAGAUCGAUUGACGAUGCCAUGUUCCUCCAAAGGCAACUGGACUUCUUUGCAGCUUGGUGUGAAACGAAUAGGAUGGUACUGAAUCCCAAUAAAUGCUCAGUCGUGUCGUUUGCAAGAAAACGGAAUCCUAUCUCCUCCGAUUACCGGCUGUCAAACGUGGUUCUACCUCGCGUGAAGUGCGUUAACGACCUUGGUGUGCUCCUGGAUGCAAAACUUACAUACAAGGAUCACAUCGCAUAUAUUGUCAACAAGGCAUCUAGAGAACUUGGUUUUAUCUUUCGAACGACGAAAUCAUUUACAGACAUUUACUGUCUGAAGGCUGUUUAUUGUCGUUCGCUACAUACUGGAGUAUUGCUCUGCCGUCUGGAACCCGUACUACCAGAACAGUGUGUACCGCAUUGAAAACGUGCAACGACCGUUUUCCGUUUCGCUUUGCGUCUACUGCCGUGGCGAGAUCCGUAUAGCCUUCCCAGCUAUGAAAGCCGCUGUCAGCUAAUCAAUUUAGACACUCGGACACUCGGGCGUCGGAACACUGCCCGAGCCAUGGUGAUAUCUGACGUUUUAACCUCACGAAUCGACUGUCCUGCCAUUCCCCAAAGGAUCAAUCUUCUGGCUCGGCCAAGGCAGCUUCGGAAUGCUGCACUUCUCUGGUUUCCCACCCGGCGAACUAACUACGGUGCUUACGGUGCUGUUACAGGUCUGCUGCGCAUUUUCAACCGUGUAGUCUCUAUGUUUGACUUUAACCUGUCCCGUAUUUGUAUUAGGCGUAAAUUUUUAAUGUUUUUAGACCUUGACUUUGGACAACUUACUAGGCAAUGCAAAUUUUUAAUGUAAUUUUGUAAUUUAAUGCAAUAUUUAUGUAAAGUUAAUUUAGAUACUAAGACUACCAUUGGGGUUUCUAGUCUGUUGGUAAUAAAUAAACAAAUAAAUAAAUAAAAAAAAUAUUAGGCGAUUUGCUUAGGUGGUCCAAAUUCCCCCCCCUUUUCCCCUACACUGUUUGACACUAAACUAAAUUGGCACAAUAGUAACUAUCAGUCACAUUAAUUCAACAUGCAAAAAAUGUCAUGGUUUUGGCACAAUAGUGAAUGUAAAGAAAAAGUCUCCGGAUAAAAAAUUCAGAAGCAUCACUGUAUCUCGUUGUCCAAUUGUUGAUUUAAACAAGUAAGGUGUCGAGACCACAGGUAUGGCCAAACACUCGAAGAAACUCCAUUCAGCUCCGUUCAUACCUGACCUUCACAACUGGGUUAAACCCAAAUAGCCUUGCGUUUGCAAAUCGGUAUUGCUCGUAAACCUUGGUGCGAUGCAUUCAAACCAUUUAUAACCAUCGCCAAAAUAGAUAAAUUCUCACCCAAAACUGGGCGGCAAAAUGAUAAAUGGAGACACCGUCACUAUGUGUGUGUGUGUGCAAAAGCAGGCUCGCACAAAGUAGCUAAACACCUUUCCGUCCUAAACUUGAACCUCAGCACCCUCAACACCGCGCACCACGACCACGAUCCGCAAUCUCCGUCGACCGGUUCCUGGACCGGACGCGGCGGAGCGGCACAACAACCGGCGGAGAUGGGGCGUCGUUACAAGCGAUGCUUGAUAAUUUAUGAGCUAAUCCGAUAGAUAGCAAUCGCUAUAAUAAACACCCGCGGAUAAUGAAACCGACAUUGAAUGAUCGAAUUUAUCAUGACAAAACACAACGUUGGGGACACGGGGAAUGAAGAUGAUGUAUUGGAAAUAGCAAAAGCCCGCGUCAAAUCAUUCGAACAUUUUGUGAAAGUGUGUGCGGGUGUAUUUUUUUUUGUUUAAUAUAUUUUCAAUGUAAAUAAGCAUGCUAGGGUCAGACGAGAUUCGUCGAAUGAAUGAAAUUUUCCGCGUAGACUUGAACGCAAAAUUGUGAUGAAACCAUAGUAGAAUUUGGAACAGCAUGAUUUCAGUCCAGUUGACACAUGAAUUGAACGCGAGCAAAGAAUGUGCAAUGUUUUCUUGUAAUAUUUUAAUUUUCUAAGCUAAGAUUUGUUGAUAUUGUGGAUUAUGAACACACGAACAAUGGUGAAUUGGCUAGCGAUGUAAGAGAAAACUUCCUGUUUUUGGGAGCAAACACUUUUAUACACUUCAGUAUUGUAUCGCAGUUUUUGCUCAGUUUGAAAAACAGUGGAGAUAAAAAACUGAUGCCAUAUAAAUAAGUAGACUGCAAAAAGAAUUGAAUGUUUUAUAUCCACACACCAAUAAAAGAGCGACCACUAACAAUUUUCGGCUAGCGAAAGGCAAAAUUACCAGCAGAACAAGUAAUUUACAUAUGGAAAUUCAACACAGGCGAAAAAAAACAAGAAAUCCAUUUCUGAACGCAAGAGGGUUUUUUUCUAGGGCAAAUUGAUGUAAAUAUUAGUUUCUAAGAAACAAUAACUGAUGUAAAGUAACUCGAUGAUAAGUGAAACAUCUGCAUGUGAAGAAUUAACAUCGCCGCGAAGGAGGGGAGCGUGGAAAUUGCGAAGCAAAAAGUUAAUGAUCGGUUCGUUGACUUUGCCCCGCUCUGUCGACAGCGAGGCGAAAAUUAAAGCAAAAGGCAACACUUUUGCAACAGCAGAAAAAAAAACACUGGCUGAAAGUAUUAUAAACCCAAAUGAAGGUAUCAUUUAAACGUCUUGAUGUGUUGAUGAUAUAGUAUUACUAUACAUUGUAAUAAAAUUACUACCGUAUAAGGUUGCAACCCAGAACAGAAGUCUAUAUAUAUAUUAUAAAUGUGUAAAUUAUGACUAACUGUAAGAGUCAAGAAAACAGAACCCGGAACACUAUAAAGUAUUGUAAUUACAUUGUACCACUGUGAGCGGAAAAAAAUAACACUUGUGAAAAAAAAACAAUGAUUAAAAUA